CAUAUAUGAAGGGGAGCUAGCGUGCUAAGCUAGCUAGCUCGCUUAGCUAAAGUGCUUCAGUGCGGGGUUUUUUUUCUCUUCUUUUUGAGGCAUUCGUCGAGGCUCCGAGGACAGCGGCGCCUGAGCGGAGAGUCAAAAGAAUUUGAAAUUUCAAAGCGCCGUGGAGUCGGUGAGUUGACGGGCGGCCAUUUUGCUGCUCAGUAUGAAGCGUCUCCAAUGGCCAGCCCGCGGCAGCUGCGUGUGAGCGCUCUGACUGGCUGGGCCCCUGCGAGAGGGAUGCGUUCAAGGCGCCUCUCGACCUUCAUCAACUUUUGACAGUCGAACUCAUCACCACUUGACCUGCCAGCAGGCCAUCAAUCAUCCCAAAUACACUUAUUUUUUUUAUAAAUAUAUAUAUAUUUUUUUUUUUAAGUAGCCACUGAAGUCAUUAACGGAAGAAGAAGAAGAGGAAAAAAACCAGUCAGCACUUGGCUGCAAAUUUGCUGAUCCACAAGCGCUGGUCAUAACUUUCUCUCCUUGGAUAGCAUGGGUCCGAAGAAGAGAGGUGCAAGGAAAAGGAAGGGCGAAGAGGCUCUGGAAGGAGAGGAGGAGGAAGAGGAAACCGAGGAGAAGGAGGCCGAUCAGAGAGCAGACAGGAGGAGGAAGGGCAGAGGAACUAAGAAAUACAUUGGCGCUCAUGUUGGAAUUCAAGGUGGGAUUUGGAAAGCGGUGGAGUCCUGCGCGGAGAUGGGAGGCAGCAGUUUCGCCCUGUUUCUGGGCUCCCAGCGGUCAUGGAAGAGGCCCCCACUGGACCAGACAGCAGCAGCCAGGUUCCGGGAGCAACGUUCCCUUCAUGGGUUUGAUCCAGCUCACAUCUUGCCUCAUGGGUCCUACCUGAUGAACUGUGGGUCUCCGAAAGAGGAUGUGUUCGAGAAGAGCCAGGCCCUGCUGGUGGAGGAGCUCAGCCGCUGCAGCCUACUGGGCCUCAACCUCUACAACUUCCACCCUGGCUCCUCGCUGGGCUCCAUCACCACUGAGCAGUGUGUGGACAAGAUCGCCGGCUCCAUUAACCACGCUCACCGGCAAACACCGGCUGUGGUUACAGUGUUGGAGAACAUGAGCGGUCAGGGCAGCACAGUGGGCGGUAAGUUCUCUGAGCUGAAGAGCAUCAUAGACAAAGUGAGAGACCAGACCAGAGUUGGAGUGUGUCUUGACACCUGCCAUGCCUUCGCAGCAGGAUAUGACCUGGCUGCAGAGGGAGGAGUGAGUGCCAUGCUCAAUGAGUUUGACCAGGAAGUGGGACUCCACUAUCUCAAAGCCAUCCACCUCAAUGACUCCAAAGGUCCAGACACAGAUAAGCAGAUGAUGUUUUGUGCUCUAGGAACUUUCUGGAAUUUUUUGUUUGGUACACUGGGCUGCCACCUCGACCGCCAUGAAGAUGUCGGCAAAGGUCACAUUGGACUCCCUGCUUUCCGAGACAUUGUCAAUGAGCCCAGGCUUGACAACAUCCCUCUGAUACUGGAGACACCUGGGCGGCCUGGAUUCGAGUUUGCUGAGCAGAUUGAAUUUCUCUAUUCCCUCUGUGAGAAAAAAUAGGAAAUGCACUUGCGGAUGAGUUAACACAGCUCAAGUGAGCCACAGCACGUGUCUGAUAAGAGAAUUGAAGUGUUUGUGGGGGACCAAAGUGGACGAGUGGCAGAGGCCGUUCCCCUUAAACACACUCAGAAGUUGCUUUUUUUUUUGUUUAUCACAAUUUGAAAUGUUUCAACAUGAAGUGUUUCUUGUUUCUGAGUGAACCCACAUUCAAUAAAUGUGUUGAAAUAA